AUGUCUGAAAGGGCAUCUAUAUCCAAAGACCCCGUGCUACCACCUAGCGCCCCCCGAAGGUUGGCCUCUAGAUCACCGUCGACUUUGCAAUUCAGCAUUGGGGUUAGGGAGACGUCAGUACAAAUGUAUGCGCAUGAAUCAAGGCUUACCCGGUCCCAAGAUGUCCCCCCGUCCUUUGCUUACCCAACGCCGGGUACUGGGCGCAAGAAUGACUUGGAGCCUGCUUCCGCGCCAAGGCACAACCUACGAGGUAUAUGCGAUGCUGAUGUUGAAGACUCGGAUUCUCCGAUGGAGGGGAGUAUUACAACGAGUAGACCAGUGUUUAACAAGGUUGUGGGCACGAACUCCGCCAAACACACAGAGAGUUUGCAGAGAAAUGACGAGAGCAAGGACGAAGGCGGAGGCGAGGGUGGUUUGGAGGCGGACUCAAGCUCGGACGACAAGGAAGGAGGCAAUGAAGUGUUGGGUUCUCCUCGAAGGCGAAAAGGUCCUAUUGCAGCCAAAAUCAGAAGUUCCGAGUUAUCCCAUGCAUCCUCCUGCGCCAAUACUUCCAGGAUCCAGAAACGCGCAAAGUCAAGAUCAAGUAGACCUGCAUCCUCUAAUAGGACCCCUUGGGACACAAGACUUUCAAGAGAAGGUAUGCCUAGACAUAGUACCCCUAGAAGCUCUGUGCUUCCUAGAGACAGCAUACCUACAGAUAGUCCCAACAACCCUUUUGGACCUACUAGGUACUCUAUUGAGCAAUCCUCUCCUGAGGAGCUAGUGAUUCCCCAACCUAUCCAACCCUAUGAAUCACCCAUCAAGCCACAUGCUUCCAUGCCAGCCUUGGAAGACCCUCAAGCAGGACCUAGUAGCUCAAGGAUAUCCCUCACUCUCAUAAGUCAUCAUCCAGACACUCUCCAAGAUUGUCUCCUUUGGAAUAUGAAGCUAUUCAGGAAGCAAACAAGCUAG